CUGCGGGAGAAAACAUCGUUGCGAAGCCUCAUUGCGGUGUCUGGGCUCUGAUCUCCAUGCCAUCACGCGCCUGAAUAAUUCCCUUUGCUGCUGGUUGCUCUGUUCUCUGCCGGUUCUUUGAAUUCCUUCCCACCUCUUCGAUUCUGCUCUCUCCUUCAUCGGAUUGAGUCUGGAAACUAAAGAUGGUUCCUGAAGAAGUUAUGAAAGCUAUUUUCCCUUUGCUGGAGGGUGUUGAUCUUGCUUCCUGCAUGGUAGUAUGUAAGCAGUGGAGAGACAUAGCCCGAGAUGAUUACUUUUGGAAAUGUCUUUGUGCCAAGAGAUGGCCCUCAAUCAACAAGCGACCUAAUCCUCCUACUGUGAACUACUAUAAGUUAUACCAAAGCUUUUAUAAACGCCAGCGUCGAAAAACUCUUCUCCCUCCCAGAAUUUCCUUUGAAGAUUUGGAGUUCUUCAUUGACAUUUGGGCUGAGAAUAGAUUACUUUUCUCGGAAGUGGUUCCUGGCUCCGUGCUGCAGCAAGGAGUUAAAAUUCCACCUCCUGGAGUUUGUGAAAUGCUUAAAUAUUACUUGGAUGAUCCUGAAUUUAAGAUGACAUUACCUGUUGAACCUAGGAUUACCGUAUCUUCGAACCAGACUGCAACAGUUAGUGUCUCUGUGUUGGCUGGGCGGAAGGAUUCAAAUAAGGUUGCUCGCAUCAUUAAUAAGUCUACGUUUGAUUACAUUGAUCAGUCAUCUUACAGGGCCUUGGCUUUUGAUUAUCUCGACAUAUCUCCUGCCUAUCCCUUUUUGUCUGGCAUCCGGGCAUGGAUCUCUCUGCUAUUUAUGGGAGAUGGAAAUGAUGGAGCCAUGGAUGUGUUUGGUAUACAGAUGGAUUUCUGUGAUGUGGCAAACACCAAGGAAGAAGUCCUGUGGCUAUUGGACAUGCUUGAUUGGAAGUAAAAGGCUUGAAGUGUGAUGAUAGAUCCCUAAACUAAAAUAACUGGAAGUAAUGCCAACAUCCUGCGCUGAUCUUCUUAGAGGUUUUACAUGACUUCAUAAUUGAUAUUAUACCUUGAAUGUUCGCAUUCUGUAAAUACUUUAUAUGCUCACCAUCAUUAAUGAGUACAAUCUUUUAUUUAUUUAUUAUUUUUUGGCUUGGAUGCACUAAGUUGGCCAAGUUAGAAGGUUCCAACAAGAUUGUGAGGGCUUGUGUUUUGUAUAAAAUUGAGGGUCAGUCAUAUGUUUAGGACUUGUAAAUCAUAUGGUUUCUUAUAAAUUUUAUAUUGUAUAAAGCUUUUUGGAUAGAUGUUGAUACACAAA